AUGAAAACGUUCGUGCUUGUUGCCUUUGCCGCUGUUCUCGGCCUGGCUUUGGCCAGACCCCAGGAGAAGUACACCACCAAGUACGACAACAUCGACUUGGAAGAAAUUUUGAAAAGUGACAGGUUGCUCAAAAACUACUUCAACUGCUUGAUGGAAAGAGGCACCUGCUCUCCGGAUGGUGAAGAACUCAAAAAGGCACUGCCCGAUGCCUUGCACAGUGGCUGUUCAAAAUGUACCGAAAAGCAAAAAGAGGGUAGCAGGAAAAUUAUCCACUAUUUAAUCGACAACAAACGAGACUGGUGGAACGAAUUGGAAGCCAAAUAUGAUAAAGACGGAGUUUACAGACAGAAAUACAAGGACGUAAUUGAAAAGGAAGGCAUCAAAUUGUAA